CGCGAGUGCCGUCUCUUUUCAUCGGGCGCCGUCUGAAAGGGACUGGUGAUGGUGUCGUACAUGUCCUGACAUGUCCCUAUCUACCAGCGGCUCGUUGUUGUGAUGCCUCAUGAGUCAUGCCAGCAUUCAGCACUGCUCUGAAUCAGCAGCAGUCGGUUAAGUCGGAACGUAUCUCGCCGCGGAACGAUCGUUCCGAUGCCAGUCGUCAGAAAGCUCGUGCAUUCGGUCGUGUUGUGACGUGUUGUCAUACGGACACUUGAAGGGUAUUUAAUAAAUUCUACACAAUUCAUAAUGAAAUCCAUCAAUUUCUUUUAAAGUGGACAUCAUGUCCGCGUAUAGACGCUUGUGUUCGCUUUAAGUGUGUCUGCUAGCUGUUUGUUAGUGUGGUUAAAGUGACUUUGUUUACAAGUUCACCUGUGAGUACUGAUAGUGAUUCAGAAGAUAAUUAGCUCGACACGUCGUGAAUAUGCUGCUGAGGUGUGUGUCGCUGCUGUGGCUGGUGUCGUCCAUGGCGAGGUGGAGCUGGGGUCAGUCCGCCGAGUGCGAGCUGGACUCCCAGUGUCAGACGGGGUCCUACUGUGUGCCGGUGCUGUUCGUGUGUCGCAGCUGUCUGCACUGUGACCUGCUGCACAGGGAGCCCCCGCCGGUCGCCAAAGACUGCGUCAAGUCCGUGGCCGAGUGCGGACCCUGUAUCAGGGGGUUGGUGGACGAGGUGCGCGGAGACGUGACGGACUGCGUCCCCGCCGAGAGCGCGGGCUCGUUCCCCGUGUGGGCGGCCGGAGCCCUGGCGCUCGGCCUGGCGUUGUUCGUGGCGGGGGCGGCGCUCGUCUACUACAUGCUGAGGAACAACCUGUUCAACGUUAUGUCCAUCAAGACCCUGACCUCCACGUCCGUGUCUCCGAGUGCACCCGAGCAGCCCCAGCCGCCGCCCCCGUACUACACGGUGCCCUACACCAACAUAGACCACCGACCGCAGGAAUACAGCCACUACCCCGGACGGUACCACCGCACUGACGGCCAUGGACUCGAACACGGACACGCCAGCGACUCAGAAGGUGACGCGCUCAUGGAGUACAAGAAGACGAGACCCGAGGCCGGCGACGAGAGCACGCACACGCGCGGCACGGACGGACGGCAGGCCGCGACCCCAUACAACAACCCCGACUACGUGAGGGUCCCGCCCGCCGAGGAGUCCACCGGUUCAGCGGAGCCUGCCCCGUCCGCGCGCGCCCUCACCCCCAUCGACCCCGACCACGACGAAGACACCGUACAGAGCACGUGGACCCCGGGACAAAGCAAAACGCACCACUCCAGCGACAGCGGUCCGGGCGGCGUGGAGCUGAGCGAGCUGCUGUCCGCCGCCAGGCGCUCCACUCUGCUGAGAGACCCGCGGGCGUGUACUCAGGAGACCAACAACGGACGGAACACGUCAUCUUCGGGGGCGGGCGGCGAGGGCGGUCUGGGUGGCCUGAGCGGGGCGGGUGGCGCCGGGAUGCAGGCGUUCUUCAUCAACAUACAGCAGAACAUGUUCCCGGAGGCGCCCCGCUCCCAGGUCAACGACCCCGGCACCAAGCUGUCCUUAUAGGUCGACGACCCCAGCAUCAGACCGCCUGUACGAAUGAGAUCGCUGGAAGAUAUCCGUGCAAUAAUAAUGGUCGCCAGGUCCGCGGCGGCGGCGCGGUGCUCAGACUGUUCGUUGAGAUUAAAAGCAUUUAGAAUAUCUUUAAGCGCCGUAGUGUUCCUGUGAGUGCGUGCGCCAGGAGUCUAGCAUGGAGCUAGCCCCCGCUGUGUCGGGGAGUUGUUAUGUGUUAUAAAGCGUGUCGCGGCGUCUGCGGACACUCUUAAGGCUCAAUAUUUUCAAUGUUUCGAUAAAUUUUGGAAUAAAAUGUAUGAAGCGUGUUCGGGCGGCUGUGGGUAAUGUUGAUCAAUUAAGGAACAGUGUAUCGUGGACAUCAGUGAAGGUCCCGGUUCCCACCCAGCUCACGCCCGCUCACGUGUCUAUUGUUUACUGCUUCAUGUGUGUGUCUGUGCGACUGUGUGAGGGCUGUGUCUGUAGAGUGAUUGCUUCGAUGCUAGAGUGCUGGCGGCGCUAUGCUCUAUCAGACAACGAAAUGUGUCUUCCUGUCAUUAUAUGUACUUUAUGGUAAAGAUAAACUUAAUAGAAUAGAUUUAAUAAUUUCUAAUAAUAAGUCUGAGCUCAAGGAAGGGAACAAUUAGUAUUUCGGGGAAAAAUAAUAUUUACUGUAUGUAGGAGCCGUUCUAAUCUUUUAUUCAUAAAUAAAAAUAUGUGAUAAGAGUAAUUGUAUGUGUGGUGAAUCUCUCAGUGAGGUGGGUCCCGCCGGCCAUGCUCCGGUCAGAGGCGGGGGACUCUACACUUGUAUUUAUAAUAACCUUGUAAAGGCAAGGCGAGUCCGUCGCUGAGGCUGGUGCUCAGUAACAAUAUUAGAAGGGGCUUCAAUAAACUGCAUGCCGUUAGAAUAGUUUAUUUUAAUUUAAUGAUUUGUGUUUUAUAAAGAAUCUAUUGAUCUCGAGAACAAACCGGACUUGGUUUCUAAAAUAAUUACUGCAAAGCUAACAAACAGUUUACUUCAGAUCCAAAUUAGAGGAACUUCACACAAUCUGGGGAGGUUUUUAAGUUGAUUGAUCAAUGAAACAAAUGUGGCAGCCAUUUUAAUUGUUAUAAAUUUUAAAUCCAGGUUAGUUGAAUGUUAGAAACAUGACAAUUCUGUGAAACUGAUAUUUUUAUUACAACAAUUUUCUGUGAGACAGUCAAUAUUUUAUUAGCAUGUAAGAUCUGAGCUCGGCUGCCGAGACAGCGGAGGUGUCAUAUGUAGUGUUAUAUAAUUUAUAUAAUAUUAUUAUAUUUUAUAUAUCUCGGAAACAUUGAUCAGUCCCAGUAGUUAAUUUUUCAGUAAAGAGUUUCAGAAACUAAGUGUCUAGUGUUUAAUGUGAGACAUUGUCAGCCAAAUGUAAACAGUCAUGUUAUGAAUUACAAGCAAACUUAAGCAAUUCGAAAGUGGGAAAAUAAUCUAGAACAGAUUUUACUCGCAAGUUGUAUUUUAUAAUGAUUUUUGGAUGAACACCGACAACAGUCCUGGAGAUGUUUUCAGUACAUUUUAUAUUUUUUAACUGUUUCAUGUCAGCGAGCCGCCUCUCACCGUGUAAGAUACACUUUAGGAAUAGACAUAUUGUUGUAUUGUUGAAUUAGUUUUGGUUUGCUUUUAUUGUAACCAAUAAUAGUGUAGUUAUAGGAGUCGCUCAACGUUACAGUAGCACGUUACUAAAUUAGCAAUCUGUAAUAUUAUUAUUAGGUUUACUACUUUGUAUUGUUUCCUUUUGAAUUUUGUAACGUGAGAAGUUUGCGUAAGAAUCGGCAACUGUUUUCGAUUAGUGUAAGUGAACAGUAAACGUGUACAGUACGAAACCUGAUGUGCCUUACCUAUGAACUGGCUGUGAUGCACUUUUUGAGAAACGAAUCCUUAUUCUAGUUUGUUAUAUUGAGGUUAUUAUUAAUUAAUGUUUUUUAUUACAUUUGUAAAGAAAUAUUGAACUGUCAAACGUCAAACGAGCGCGUCUAACGUCUCUAGUCACAUGUCGCGUUUGAUCUACGAGGGAUGUUUUUUUUACAAAUAAUACAAUAUUUGAAAUA